AUGUCAGACACAAGCAAUGAUGAAGUAAUCAAGGAUAUCUUGAAAAAGAUUGAGAGAGAAAGGAACAUUGCUCAGGGAGCCAGUAACAUCAGGAAAAAGACAAACAAUGCAGAGAUCAUACAGAAUUGUAACACAAGUAUACGGGAAGCCCAGCAGAACAUCGAGUAUCUGGAGCAAACUUUGAGUAAACUACAACUAGAGCAGCAUAAUAGGGCAGCAAGGGGCUCCAAUCAGGGCGAAUUGACUCAGCAGAAGGUUCUUAAGACUAGUCCACCAACGUUCACUUUUUUGGAUCUGUUGAAGUACGAUUGUCCCUCAUUGGGCCACAGAAUCCACUAUAUGCUGCAGCUUUUAGAGUUUAAGCUACAGGUCGAAAAACAGUACCGAGAGGCCAAUGAAAAGAUUAGUCGCCUUUAUCAAGUUGAUGGUGACAGGCGCAGCAUUGCUGCCGCCGAAGGUGGGAAGGUCGAAAGUGACAUGAAAAUCCAUUUGAUGAAGAUGGCUUUGAAGAAUUACCACGAUGUUCACGUCAAUAUUGACGAAGUUGCUCGUGACACAGAAGUCAUGAACACUUUCAGAAAGAAGCCGUUAUCAGGAACACUAUCCAUCACUAUCAACAGUAUUCGGGAUAUUCUACAUGUCAGUUCCAUCUUUUCCAAGAAAUUAGAAACGUUGGUUUCUAUCCGAAUUGAUGACGUUGAGAAGGCUAGAACUAAACCUACCAAGAAUCAAAGAGUGAAUGAUUCUUUUCAGAUUCACGUGGAGAAAGGAAACGAAUUGUCACUGAUAGUCUAUGACAAAGUCGGUGAUACCCUUACCCCGGUAGCAAUGAUUUGGUUUCUGUUAUCCGAUAUUGUUGAAGAAAUAAGAAAGAAAAAAGUUGAUAGAGAAUUGAAUGCCACUGGUUGGAUGAGUGCUUCAAACCUGGCAGGGAGACCAGAACAGCAACAGCCGCAGCAAUUGGGUUCCCAUCCUUUCGAUAACCAACAGGGCAAUUUGCAAUCUUUGCAGACCCAUACUUCCCACUCCAAUGGUGAUACUGAUCCAGCUCAACUAUCCGCAUCCGCUUGGUUCGUACUAGCACCUGCCGGGCAGAUUCUGCUUACUAUGGGCUUUAAUAAAACUAAUGAUGCUGGACAAAAGAAAGAAUUCAUGGGUGGUUUGGGUCGUCAUGGAGCUAUUCGUCAGCGAAAAGAAGAAGUGCUUGAACAGCAUGGUCAUAAGUUUGUUCCUAGACAGUUCUACAACAUCAUGAUGUGUGCUAUGUGUGGUGAUUUCCUCCCAUAUUCUGGGUACCAAUGUGAAGACUGUCGAUUCCUUUGUCACAAAAAAUGUUACCAGAAAGUAAUUACCAAAUGUAUUUCAAAGUCGAGUAUAGAUGUUGAUCCAGAGGAAACUAAACUCAAUCAUAGAAUACCUCACAAGUUUGAACCGUUCUCAAAUCAUGGUACUAAAUGGUGUUGUCAUUGUGGGUACAUUUUGCCUUGGUCUAGAAAGAAUGUUUACAAAUGUUCUGAAUGUGGGGUGGUCUGUCACGCCCAAUGCACCCAUCUGGUUCCAGACUUUUGCGGUAUGAGUAUGGAGAUGGCCAGUAAGAUUUUGUCGACUAUCAAGGAGACAACAGCUACAAGACAACAGAGACAAGCUAUGUCCAUGUCGUCUAAAUCUAGUGGAAAGUCUGAUACACAUAUCAGUCAAAAGCAGUUGCCUCCAGUGCCAAGUGCAGCUCAACGUUUGUCUCAAUCUGAUGAAGCGCCUAAAACCAAACCGAUUAGGCGUCCACCACCACCUCCCCCUCCUGUUUCCAACGAACAGCGUGUGUUACCUCAAAGGGAGGAACCACAAGUGGAGCCCGAGCGGACUCCUAAUCAAGCAAUUGCAGAAGCUGGGUAUGCCUUGGAGAAACAGAUUUCAAGCACUUCAUCUUCCAAGGAAACUGACCAUCACCACCAGCAUCAUCAUUACCACCCUCAACAGCAACCACAGCAGCAAGUCAAAACAGUCAAAACAGCAGUUGCAUCAGAUGUAUCACCAACCAAGGUCGCCGUCAAAAAGCAAGAAGCUGCUAGGCGAAGUUCAGAACGACACCAUGGUAGACAUCGUCAAAAGUAUGGCUUGGAUGAUUUUAGAUUUAUCGCAGUGCUCGGUAAAGGUAACUUUGGUAAAGUUAUGCUGGCAGAGUCUAUUCAUACUGGGCAAUUGUGUGCUAUCAAGGUAUUAAAGAAGGACUUUAUUAUCAAGAAUGACGAAGUUGCCAGCACAAAGUCUGAGAAGCGGGUUUUCAUCAUUGCUAACAGAGGCAAGCACCCAUUCUUGUUAAAUCUUCAUCAAUGUUUCCAAACAGAGAACCGUAUUUACUUUGUGAUGGAGUAUGUCAGUGGGGGUGAUUUAAUGUGGCAUGCCCAACAAAGAACAUUUUCUCCAUCUAGAGCAAAGUUCUAUGCAGCAGAAGUGUUGUUAGCAUUACAAUACUUUCACGAGAACGGAGUCGUCUACAGAGAUUUAAAGCUCGACAACAUUCUUCUGACCGCUGACGGGCAUAUCAAGUUGGCAGACUAUGGACUUUGUAAAGAGGAAAUGUGGUACGGAUCUACAACGGCCACCUUCUGCGGUACACCUGAGUUUAUGGCUCCUGAAAUUUUGAAAGAGCAGAAAUACGACAAGGCAGUAGAUUGGUGGGCAUUCGGGGUCCUCUUAUACCAGAUGAUGCUUGGUAAAUCUCCUUUCAAAGGUGAAGACGAAGAUGAGGUGUUCAACUCCAUUCUUACCGACGAACCAAGAUAUCCUAUCCAAAUGGACAGGGAGUCCGUUGACAUAUUGCAGCAGCUACUUACAAAAGAUCCUUACAAGAGAUUAGGUGCCAGCGAAGAAGAUGCUGAAGAGAUAAAGAGACAUCCAUAUUUCCACGGUAUCAACUGGGAUGACAUAAUGCAAUGCAAGGUACCUCCUCCGUUGAUUCCAACAAUAAAGGAUCGUCAUGAUGUUUCAAACUUUGACGUAGAGUUUACCACUGAGGCGCCCAAACUAACACCGGUCAACUCGGUCUUGUCGCUCUCCAUGCAAGAGCAAUUCAGAGGGUUCACGUAUGUGAACGAUGAUCACACUUAA